GCCUGUCUUCUUCCUGCAAACAAAUGAGCAGUAGUGGUUAAAACCAGGCAGCACAGCAAAAGCAAAGGCUGCUAGCUCUCUUUCUCUGAAUCUGUAGAGACAAAAAGAAAGAAAGAAUGCCCGUAGGGAAAUACUACUGCGACUACUGCGACAAGCAAUUCCAAGACACCCCACAUGCUCGAAAGCGCCAUCUUCAAAGCUCCUCUCAUUUACGCGCCAAAUCUCUCUGGUUCAGCAGAAACAGCAACAACAACACCCUCAAUUCCAAUAACACUGAUGCUCGUGGCUUUGUUAAGGGACUCUGCAACCGCUUUGUCAAAACGGGUUUUUGUCCUUAUGGAGAUUCUUGCAAGUAUUUGCAUACUAAUUUUGCUACUAGUCAAGGAACUGCUUUCAAGGAUAAUGUUCAGUCACCAACUAUGCCUGGAAAUCAAUUGGCUGGGGGCAGUUCUUUUCCAGGUGUUGCGGUGAGAGAGAGCAUGGGAAUGUCCUGGGGUAACCUGCCUCCAUCACUAAAGCCUCCAGAGGGUGGUUAUCCGCCUCUUCCGUUCGUGGAUUGGGGAUAGGUCUUUUUUCUGAUUUGGGCACUGCUUUUUUUUUUUUUUUUUGUGGUUAUUAUAAAGUAAAUUUUUACCUAUCAACUACUUGAUGUAUCAUCAUCGUUUGCAUAGUUCCUUGAUUGCAUCAAGGUAUGCUUUGCUGUGUAAAAAUGUUAAUUGCUUAUAUAUUACAAUAACUGGAAUUUGAAUA